AUGGGAAAUACACCAUCAGGACUGGGCCAGGGAGCUCCUGGCGGCAAUCAGGGAGACAAGAAGGAUAAAGACCAGAAAGACCAACCACAGAAGAAGAAAUGGGAGCCGCCCCUCCCCACUCGCGUCGGAAAGAAGAAGAGAAAAGGUCCUGCCGCAGCAUCCAAACUGCCCGCCGUCUUCCCCACUACGCGGUGCCGAUUGAAACUGCUGAAGUCGGAGCGGAUUAAGGACUAUCUCCUGUUAGAGGAAGAGUUCGUGCAGAACCAAGAGAGGUUGAAGCCCGAAGGAACGAGGGAGGAGAAGAAUGAGCAGGACAGGUCGAAGGUUGAUGAUUUGCGUGGAAGUCCGAUGGCGGUUGGAACUCUGGAAGAGAUUAUCGACGACGACCAUGCAAUUAUCAGCACGGCGUCUGGCCCGGAGUACUAUGUCUCGAUAAUGUCGUAUGUCGACAAGGACCUACUGGAGCCAGGCUGUCAGGUGCUCCUCCACCAUAAGACACAGGGCAUCGUCGGUGUCUUGCAAGAUGAUGCGGACCCGUUGGUGAGCAUUAUGAAGCUCGACAAGGCACCGACGGAGAGCUAUGCGGAUAUUGGUGGUUUAGAGACACAGAUACAGGAGAUCAAGGAAUCCGUCGAAUUGCCUCUCACUCACCCCGAACUUUAUGAGGAAAUGGGCAUCAGACCUCCGAAGGGUGUUAUCCUUUAUGGCGUCCCCGGUACAGGAAAGACGCUCCUUGCCAAGGCCGUUGCAAAUCAAACUUCUGCCACUUUCCUUCGUGUCGUCGGGUCAGAACUUAUCCAGAAGUACCUUGGUGACGGUCCUAAGCUCGUCCGAGAACUCUUCCGAGUGGCUGAGGAGCACGCGCCGAGUAUCGUGUUCAUUGACGAAAUCGAUGCUAUUGGAACAAAACGUUACGACUCCACAUCUGGUGGUGAACGCGAAAUCCAGCGAACCAUGUUGGAGCUUCUCAAUCAACUAGACGGAUUCGAUACUCGCGGCGACGUCAAAGUCAUCAUGGCCACGAACAGGAUAGACUCGCUGGACCCCGCCCUCAUUCGACCUGGCCGAAUAGAUCGUAAAAUAGAGUUCCCUCUCCCUGACGUGAAGACAAAGCGACACAUCUUCCGAUUGCAUACAUCGCGGAUGAGCCUGAACGAAGAUGUCGACCUGGAGGAGUUCGUCAUGAUGAAGGACGACCUGUCGGGAGCUGAUAUCAAGGCUGUUUGCACGGAAGCCGGACUGCUUGCUCUGAGAGAGCGGCGUAUGCGGGUCACAAAGGCAGAUUUCACGUCUGCUCGCGAGAAGGUACUUUAUCGGAAGAACGAGGGCACUCCGGAGGGGUUGUACCUUUGA